AUCAUUUGCUUCUUUCUCUUCAUCAAUAUUUCCCUUUCCCCACUGAAGCAAAACUCCACUCUAAUUUGCCAAAAAACUAGCAAAUUAUUAAUUUUAUACGAUGGCUUCCAAUGCAUUUGCAUUUGUUCCUGCCCUUCUCUUUCUGUUGAUGAUGCUUUUCAGCUCAACAAGCAAAGCUCAACUAUCUUCUACAUUUUAUGACAAAACUUGUCCUAAUGCUCUCAGUACAAUCCGAACUUCCAUUAGAGCUGGAAUUUCCCGUGAACGUCGAAUGGCGGCCUCUCUCAUUCGCCUUCAUUUCCAUGACUGUUUCGUCAAGGGUUGUGAUGGAUCCAUUUUACUCAACGAUACUGCUAAUAAUGAAAGGGAGGUAAUUUUCAAUAAGAAUUCAGCAAGAGGUUACGAACUCAUAGACAAUGCGAAAACAGAGGUCGAAAAAAUCUGCCCCGGUGUUGUAUCUUGUGCUGAUAUUCUAGCAGUGGCAGCUCGUGAUGCAUCGGUUGCAGUGAGUGGUCCAUCAUGGACGGUGAAGCUUGGAAGAAGAGAUUCAACAACACCAUAUCCAGAUGUUGCAUUGUCUGAUCUUCCUCGUUUCACCGAAAGCCUUCCGGAACUUAUAGCUAGAUUCGAACACAAAGGCCUAAGUGAAAGGGACAUGGUUGCCUUGUCAGGUUCGCAUUCAAUCGGACAAGCUCAAUGCUUCACAUUCCGCGACAGAAUUUAUAAUGGCGGCGACAUUGAUGCUGGCUUCGCUAGCACUCGAAGACGGGGUUGUCCGGUUAGCUCAGGCGAUUCAAAGUUGGCACCACUUGAGUUGGUGACACCAAAUCAAUUGGACAAUAAUUACUUCAAGAACUUGCUUCAGAAGAAAGGUCUUCUUCAAUCUGAUCAGGUUCUAUUCAGUGGAGGAUCAACGGACACCAUUGUAUCUGAGUAUAGUAGGAAUCCUUCAACUUUCUUGGCUGACUUUGCUUCUGCCAUGGUUAAAAUGGGAGAUAUUGAACCUCUUACUGGUUCUGCUGGACAGAUAAGGAGGAUUUGUCAUGCUGUCAACUAAUUGGAAUCUGCCAAAUGUAUAAGCUGCCUUAAAUAUUCUUUAACCUGUAUCUAAUUACAGAUUUGUUAAUUUGUUUAAAUAAAUAGACACUUUGUGUAAUGAUCAUUUGUAUUUUCAUUUCAAUCAAUUGUAAACAAUCAAGAGAUCAAUGUUAAAAUUUUAUUAUUUCACUUCAAUCCAACAAAAAAGG